AUGUCCAGUCCAGGUCAGCAGGACCCCCCGCCAGGCUCGGAGAGCGGUGUAAAACCUUACAUCACCUUCAUUAUCAUAGUGGCCGGUGUCAUCGGAGGCCUAGUUAUCGUGGUCUCAGUCAUCCUCAUCUGUAAAUACUGCGUCAAAAGAAAACGGGUUCUAAGGCGACGUCACGUUGUGGAAAGAGAGCGGCCAUUAGACAAACGCUUCAAGCCUCUGUUACGAUACGACAGUCUGGAGUCCGGAGCUGCGGAGAGGACGAGUGUGUCCUUAGAUUUCACCGCUACCACACCCCAGGGAGCUCAAACAUACGAUUACGACGAUGAAAACGGUGAAGACAAAGAAGCACUGCUUGAUUACUGCUCCGCUCACUCACACCCUGUCGAAUUACCUGAGGAGGGUAUUGAAAUAGGUUCACGUGACGACUCAUCAGGUUUAAGAUCGCCUCCGGGUGCGGUCGGUGGAUCCACCAACAGCAGAAGGCGAGUAUCAUUCAAACUUGACUACGAGGCGGAGUCAUACCCAGCUGGAUAUAUGCGGAAGGCCAGGAGGUAUACAUCUGGUGAAUAUGACUAUAUGAGGCGUGGCCAGAAAAGCCGUGCUGAGAAGUUCCCUAGGCAGCAUUCACUAGGCGCUCCCCGGGCACAAGACAGCGCCCCAAUCUCCUCGUCACGGUCCCCACGUGCGUCCGACCCAGAGUUCUGCGUAGAGCUAAGGAGACGGUUAGAGGAAGAGCAAGAAAGGAUCAGGCUAGAGGAGGAAGGACACCUGAGUUUGUACGACGUGGAUCAAGAGUCGGACGAUGACAGCGAACUCCAGGAACACAGCGAACCCACGGCGGAGGCUGUGGCGGAAGGCCUUCCCUCUCCCAUAUCCCUCCGCAUGAUUGACGAAUCGCCCUCUCCAACCACCAGACCGAAGACAACACAGGUAUCCGUUGAGGUUCAUCAUCAUCCGAAACCCGCUUUGGGAGAAGAGAAGUGUGACGGGGCGUACAGUCAGUUCUGUGCCGGAAGUGACACGGCGGAGGCUGCCUUCGAUGACCGGACAAGUCAGCGUUCCGAUCCCACCGCGUCUCGGUCUCAUCUCCCGCCCCGCGAGCUCCGGAUACGGCCUGUUGACAUGCGUGUUCACUCGCACAGCAUGGAAAUCGUCAGCCCUGAGAAGCAUCGGUACCACCGCAAAACACGACGUAUCAAGAGCUACGAUGACGUAGCCGACUACGACGUUCUGAGGAUCACAGAAUUCACUAAAGGGCCUUUCUACAAUGUGGACUACGACGCUAUGUCGGACGGAAGUGUUGGUUCGUUGUCUAUAAGCAAAGUUCGGUAUUACGAUACUGGUAGCAUGGAGCAAUUAGACGAGGACAAUUUACAAUAUUUUGGAGAGUUCGACGGUGCUACGGGUGGAGCUGUGGAAGAGAGCGACGAUACCGAAACCUUAAAUGGCACGCGCAAGUACAAGGAAUUGUGGGAACUACGUGCUACUCUCGAAGACGAAUGCAGUGACCCAGUCGGCGUGCAAGAAGGUUCGUCUCUAGAGAUGACCCCGGACAAAGACAAUCUAGCCUCUGGAACGACAUCGUUUGAGUCUAACACCGACCCUGCGCCUUAUUUGGAGGACUGUGAACUGGGCAGCUGCAAACGCCGUGGAAGCAAAGCUAACGGAGAGUCUCAAAACGGAUGCAGCAAUCUGCUUCAUCCAAACUACGAAAACCGACGGCAGUCGUACAAAAACAUCCUGACGAAAAGGUUGCAGAAACUGGAUGCUCCACCAGCCAGCACAAGUGCCGAGAAUAGCUUCGACAGCAUGGAGACGAUGGACACAGACGGCGAGGUGUCGGACACGAGUAGGCACGAGGUGACAACCACAUCAUUUGAGUCCACAACGGACAACACCACCGACAGUAAUAACGAGAAUCAAAACAACAGACUGAAGCAGAUGAGGGGCGAUAGUGGCUACAAAUCAUUGGAGACCCAGUCUACUCUGAAGGGAUCGGAAAGGAAGAGAGGCUCUGUUUCGCUGGACUACGCUGACACAAUAGAUCAGGACCUUUUCCCUUUUGACCUCGCCAAAUUAAAGGAAGUGUCACCACCAGCUCCAUCUCCGUUCGACUUUGAUCGGGUCAAGUACAGGAGGCGCAGUUCCCAGACUUGUCACUUCGAGAGGAGAGGCGCAAAGACGGCCUCAAAGAAGAGGCGGGAGUACAGCCGCGAGCGUCAAGCAGUGCAGGUGUACGAGAGCAUCAUGGAGCCAGAGACGGACUCGACGGUGGACCAACCAUCCGGGGACAGCUUCGAGGACACAAAUGCACCAAGUAAAGUCUCCGUGUUUUCCAGGUUUUUCAGAUCUCAGUCUAAAUCACAUCGAGCUCCGAGGUAUGUCCAGAGAGACUACAGCGUAGAUCAGAAAACUAGUGAGUUGUUUAACGAAUUCAUGAGGAUCGAUCCCAUUUACGAAACUAGGCGCUCUCCUCGGCUCCACCCAAGGCCAAAGUUACAACGGAAGAAUACGGAGCCAGCUUACUUAGAGAGUCGCCGACCAGAUCGGUUGGCUCCGGACAUGCGCAGUACCAGCUUGGGAAGCGACAGCAGCGCCAGUUCUCUGCGACGUUUAUCGCCUCAAGACAGUAUCGAAGAAGAGGAAUACGACUACGAAGACGUCUCCAAUGUGGUGUGGCCAGGAAGCUCGCGACCGUCACCUUUGACCUCGCAGCCGACGAUCCACGAAAUUCCUAUAAUAAAGCUCCCUGAAGAGGACACUGCCGACUGCUAA